AUGUUGAAGUUUGGUCUUGUUGUCUUAGCCUUCAUUGGCAUCUGCUCCGCCCAGACGGGUGUCGAGCUCGACCGGCCUAUGCUCGGUCCCCCUGGAUCACCGCCACGCAGAAGCCCGGUUGCCAUGUUGCGCUUUGGCUGCUCGCAGGUUGUGAUUGAGCGUCUGGAUCCACUCGUCAACCCAGGCCAAAACCCAUCAUCCCACAUGCACCAAAUCGUGGGAGGAAACGCCUUCUCGGCCUCCAUGCCCCUCGAAGACAUCUCCGCCCUCUCCACCUGCACGACCUGCCACUUCCAAGAAGACCACUCCAACUACUGGACCGCCAACCUCUACUUCCGCGCACGCAACGGCACCUACAAACGUGUUCCUCAGAUGGCCAACGAGUUCAACACCGGCGACAACGGUGGUAUUACCGUGUACUAUACAUCCCCAGCGCCGAAUGCCACGACUGCUUUCAAGCCUGGCUUUCGCAUGCUGGCCGGCGAUGUGAACCUACGCAAGUCAGAGGGUCUCGGUCGGAACAUGCAGCAGUGCUAUCGGUGUUAUACCAAGGAGAACUUUGGAGGGAGCAUGUACAGCCCGUGCAUGGACCCUGUUUAUGAUACGGACCAUCUUCCCAAGAUACCCUGUCCUGGCGGGAUCAGGUCUAAUAUCAUCUUUCCGCUGUGCUGGGAUGGCGUCAACUUGGAUAGUCCAAACCACAAGGAUCACGUUGCGCAUCCCAUCACAGGACCAACAUCGUUUUCCGUUGUCGGCGGAGAAUGCCCCAAGUCACAUCCUGUCAAGAUACCGCAGGUCAUGUACGAAGUGAUGUGGGACACGAGACCGUUCAACAACCCGGAAGACUGGCCGGAGGAUGGAAGUCAGCCUUUGGUGUUGUCGAAUGGUGAUACAACCGGGUAUGGCCAACAUGGCGAUUAUGUCUUUGGCUGGGAAAAGGAUUCCCUUCAAGUCGCGAUGGACACGGGGUGUUAUCUGCGAAAUUGCAGUAGCUUGACUGAGCUGCCGCCAAAGGUCAAGAACCAGUGCCAGGUGCCGACAUCUCUCUUGAUAAACUCCCAUACUCACCGAUUCAUCAUGGCACAAGCCAAAACAACUUCACUCGUCCUUGCUGACGCCGACCACCUCAUCUACAACACCUCUUCCACCCCUCCCACUGCAGUCUACGGCCUCAGCACGAACAUCGAAUCGCUCACUUACAAAGACUCCUCCCUGAACUUCAGUCGCGCGCUCCAUCAAAAAACGGCAUCAUCAUCAACACUCGAAUCAGACCCCGCGACACAACAAGAAGGCGACCGCCUCUACAACCUCGUCCACCCCCUCAACGCAGACUACCGCACCGACAUCCCCGCCCACUUCUUCCUCACCUGCCAUUCCCCAUCCUUCUCCUCCGUAGGCAACAUUAAACUCGCCACCUCCAAAUCCCUCCUCUCCAGCAAACCUGACAAGAUCAAAGCGGUGCACUACCCCAACCGCACAGCAUCGACCUCCCCACUAUUCCCCGACGAAGAUGUCAUUGAAAAGGUUCUCUUCACAUGCAGCAAACAAACAUUUGGCAAGGGCUACACCUGGACAAACUCGCAAAACAAGGAAGUGGCACGAGAGGAAGAGCUCAAGGACGGGGAUGCUGUCAAGGGCAGAAGGUUGAUUUUCACAAGUGGACAAAUCACCCAGGAGGAACAAGACGCCCUUGUUGCAGUUUGGGUUCUGAAACGGUGGGUGGAAGUGGCCGAGGAGAAGGAAUUCAAGAAGGAAGCGCUGGACAAGCUGUCUCCAGCCGAGCAAGCGGCCAUGGAUAUGAAGUGGUUCAAGCGGGCGGGGGGGUUGGCCGGAUUGGCGGCUGCGGGAGGGGCUUGCUGA